UCUCUGAGACAUUUGGGAUCAGUUCAGCCGGGUUUCUUACACAGACACGUUCGGCCCAACACACGCCGCGAUGGGACUGACAAGUGACCCAAACUUCCAGAAUUUGGAGAAAUGGUACAAAUCAAACGGGGCUAAUCUCAACAUGAGGCAAAUGUUUGACGCUGAUAAAAACAGAUUCCAGAAGUUCAGCUUAACUUUAAAGACAGAUGAUGGGGAUAUUCUACUGGAUUACUCCAAAAAUCUUAUCAAUGAUGAGGUUAUGAAGAUGCUCGUGGAGCUGGCCAAGUCUCGUGGCGUGGAGGCCGCCAGAGACAGGAUGUUUUCAGGAGAAAAGAUUAAUUUCACUGAGGGUCGUGCAGUUCUCCACGUAGCCCUGAGGAACCGUUCAAACACACCCAUAAAUGUGGACGGUAAAGACGUGAUGCCAGAGGUCAACAAGGUUCUAGAGAAGAUGAAGGACUUCUGUCAUAAAGUGCGCAGUGGCGAGUGGAAGGGGUACACAGGAAAAUCCAUCACUGAUGUGGUCAACGUUGGCAUCGGGGGAUCUGAUCUAGGUCCGUUAAUGGUGACAGAAGCCCUGAAGCCGUACUCAAAAGGUGGACCCCGGGUGUGGUUUGUGUCCAACAUCGAUGGAACGCACAUUGCUAAGACACUGGCUGAACUCAAUGCAGAGACGACUCUUUUCAUUAUCGCAUCAAAGACGUACACAACUCAGGAAACGAUCACUAAUGCUGAAUCUGCAAAGGAGUGGUUCCUUCAAGCAGCAAAAGACAAAUCUGCAGUUGCCAAACAUUUUGUGGCCCUCUCUACCAAUGCACCUAAAGUGACAGACUUUGGCAUCGAUCCGGUGAACAUGUUUGAAUUUUGGGAUUGGGUCGGUGGACGAUAUUCCUUGUGGUCUGCAAUUGGCUUGUCCAUCGCACUUCAUAUUGGAUACGAGAACUUUGAGAAACUGCUGGCCGGAGCUCAUUGGAUGGACACUCAUUUCCGUACGGCCCCUUUGGAUCAGAACGCACCAAUGCUGCUCGCCCUACUGGGCGUCUGGUACAUUAAUUUCUUUCAGGCUGAGACGCAUUGCCUGCUACCCUAUGAUCAGUACAUGCACCGCUUUGCAGCGUACUUCCAACAGGGUGACAUGGAGUCUAAUGGAAAGUACAUCACAGUUAAUGGUGGGCGAGUGAACUAUCACACCGGGCCAGUCGUAUGGGGAGAACCAGGAACUAAUGGACAGCACGCAUUCUACCAGCUUAUUCAUCAAGGAACUCGUAUGGUCCCUGCUGACUUCCUAAUUCCCGCACAGAGCCAGAAUCCAAUCAGAAACAACCUUCACCAUAAGAUUCUGAUGGCUAAUUUCCUGGCCCAGACGGAGGCUCUGAUGAAGGGAAAGACGACAGAAGAGGCAAAGAAAGAGCUGGUAUCUGGAGGACUGAGCGGAGAGAAGCUUGAGAAGAUUCUACCACACAAAGUAUUCCAAGGAAACAAGCCAACAAAUUCAAUCAUUUUCAAAAAGUUGACUCCGUAUACUCUGGGUGUGCUGAUCGCCAUGUAUGAACACAAGAUCUUCAUUCAAGGUGUCAUGUGGGAGAUUAACAGUUUUGAUCAGUGGGGUGUGGAACUCGGGAAACAGCUGGCAAAGAAAAUCGAACCUGAGCUUCAGGAUUCUGCAGAGGUCAGUUCUCACGAUUCAUCCACGAACGGCCUCAUCAACUUCCUCAAGAAGAACUUUGCUUGAAUGCAGCAUGAAGACAUUUGUGGUGUUCUCCAGACACUUCGCUCACUGCUGAACUACGACCCUUUGGGACACCUGCAACCUGCUGUGUGUGAUCAGCUAAACUACAAAUAAAAGAUUAAACACUU